CUGGGAGGCCCUUUGGCUCCAGUUCCCCCGGCCAAGAUGUCUGACAUGGAGGAUGACUUCAUGUGCGAUGAUGAAGAGGAUUACGACCUGGAAUACUCAGAAGACAGCAACUCUGAACCGAAUGUUGACCUGGAAAAUCAGUACUAUAACUCCAAGGCUUUGAAGGAAGAUGAUCCAAAGGCAGCUCUCAGCAGUUUCCAGAAGGUCCUCGAACUCGAAGGAGAAAAAGGAGAAUGGGGAUUUAAAGCAUUAAAACAGAUGAUCAAAAUAAAUUUCAAAUUGGGUAAUUAUCCUGAAAUGAUGAACAGAUACAAGCAACUGUUGACCUAUAUCCGCAGUGCGGUAACAAGAAAUUACUCUGAAAAAUCUAUCAAUUCUAUCCUUGAUUACAUCUCCACAUCCAAACAGAUGGACCUUCUGCAGGAGUUCUAUGAAACAACCCUUGAGGCUCUAAAAGAUGCAAAAAAUGACCGGUUGUGGUUUAAAACCAAUACAAAGCUUGGUAAAUUAUAUUUGGAAAGAGAGGAAUAUGGCAAGUUGCAGAAGAUUUUACGCCAGCUUCAUCAGUCAUGCCAGACCGACGAUGGAGAAGAUGACUUGAAGAAGGGUACACAACUACUGGAAAUCUAUGCUUUGGAAAUUCAGAUGUAUACAGCACAGAAAAACAAUAAGAAACUCAAAGCACUAUAUGAACAGUCGCUGCAUAUUAAAUCUGCUAUUCCUCAUCCCCUUAUCAUGGGAGUCAUCCGUGAAUGUGGAGGAAAGAUGCAUUUAAGAGAAGGAGAGUUUGAAAAGGCCCACACAGAUUUCUUUGAGGCUUUUAAAAACUAUGAUGAAUCUGGCAGUCCCAGGCGAACAACCUGCUUGAAAUACCUUGUCCUAGCAAACAUGCUCAUGAAGUCUGGAAUAAACCCCUUUGAUUCUCAGGAGGCUAAACCAUACAAAAAUGAUCCAGAAAUUCUAGCAAUGACAAAUUUAGUAAGUGCCUAUCAGAAUAAUGACAUCACUGAGUUUGAAAAGAUUCUGAAAACAAAUCACAGCAACAUCAUGGAUGAUCCCUUUAUAAGGGAACAUAUUGAAGAGCUUUUGCGAAACAUCAGAACACAAGUGCUUAUAAAGUUAAUUAAGCCUUAUACAAGAAUACAUAUUCCUUUCAUUUCGAAGGAGCUAAAUAUAGAUGUAGCUGAUGUUGAGAGUUUGCUGGUGCAGUGUAUACUGGAUAACACCAUUCACGGGCGAAUUGAUCAAGUCAACCAGCUUCUCGAACUUGAUCAUCAGAAGAGAGGUGGGGCACGAUACACUGCGUUAGAUAAAUGGACCAAUCAGCUGAAUUCUCUCAACCAGGCUGUAGUCAGCAAGCUUGCUUAACAAAGAACAAGCUUUUACAAAAUAGAUAAAAAAACAAGUACUUAUGGCAUCAGUGCAGUGAUCUAACCCUUUAAAAGGAACUGGGAAUGGCAAAGCUACUGUUGGUUGGUGUGUCCUGAAAAAAAACAAUUGGAGUUUUGGCAGAAGCACUUUCUGAUGAGCUGGUUUGUGUUUUGCUGCUGUGUAUAUCCCAAGAAAAAACAGCUUUAACCUCCAGAAGAAAACCAAAAUGUUACGGGAUUUAUGCUGUAUUCUCAUCUUGCCCUAAAUAAGCAACAUCCUAGUAGAUUUGCCAAGGGCAAAUAACGACCAGAGGGAAGAUUUUUGUCAUGAUUUUAAAUAUACACUGACAUGUGUUGGUUCAAUUUAAACGUUUUACCUGCAGAAAAUGUCUCACAGAAUAACCUGCAAUAACUUGAAAUGCAUAUCCUUUUCAACACUUCUUUUUUUUUUCUCAUGUAUAAAAUAUGUUUGCUGCAUUUUGCAAAAUGUCCCACCUGCCCUCAAAAAUGUGUCGGUAUAUAUACAUAUAUAAAUAUAUAUAUUUCUGUACCUGCAGUGUAGUAAACAUUUAGAAGAGACCCAAUUAUUAUAGUGGCAUACUGUCACUUAGGUUUCAAGCAGCAAAAUAAACAGUGCAGCCAGAAAUGAAUAUUGGCUUUCCUGUGUGUUUCUUGCAUUGGAAAGGGCAACUGAACCUAUACACAAAGCAGUUUGUAGCCAGAGAUUUCAGGAGCAGAGUUUAGUAUUCAUCAAGUUAGUUGUUUUUUUUCUUGAAGAUCAAUUUAGAAUGUGAUACAAAAUAAAUCAUAUUUUUUCUCC